AUGUUGGUUGCGAGCAGUCGACUGUUCGCGCACUGUGAUGUCGUAGAUAUGGACUGUAACGCUGGCAACAGUAACGGUGGCAACGGCAGCAACAGUAACGGUGCUAACGGCGUCAGUGGCGUUAGUAACAUCUUCACCCGCCAGCAUUCACUGUCGGGCGGUAACGGGUACGCCCUGCUGUUGGCAAACGGCACAGCAAGUGGUUCAACGAUCGUGCCACCCAACACCAUCACCACCACGUCGCUGCGGUGCGACAAGGUGAACGGAAACUCAACCUCGAUACUGGGCGGCAACAGUAUCGGCGGGGGCAGCAGCAACAAUAUUAGCAGCAUCGGUACGGGUGGGCUUGCAACGUUCCAGCCCACGCUGAUCGCACCACCGUCGGCGGCCCUCAAAACGUCCUCGCUCACUUCGUCCGCUAUCCUGUUCGGUGGGAGUAGUGGGAAUUUGAGCAGCUUGGCCGGAAAAUCGGGCGGUACGCAUAAGUGGAUCGGAUCGCUGUGUGAUGGUGCUACCUCGAUCGGUUACAGCAGUGGCAGCAGCAGUAAAUUAAAUCAACAACUUCACUUCCAACAUCCGCAGCAGCAGCAGCAACAACAGCAACAGCAGUUGCAUUUGCUACAGCAUCAGAACAAACAUCAUCAUCCACAUCUGUCGCAGCAGCAGCAACAGCAGGUUCAUUCGCAGCAUCAUCAUCAUCAUAGCUUACCGGUGACCACCAGUGGCAACAACGGUAGCAACAUGCUCGACAGUCUUACCUUUCGGUUGUGCGAUGUGGACGGUGCGGUGAGCAGCACCAUGUCCAACCCGAACGGUGCUGCCGGUGGCAAUGGGGCGAGCAAUGGUGCCGCCUCGAAUGGAAGUACGGGCGGGGGCAGCAUCUUGAUGGUGGUGCCCUCACAGGCCGGUAGCGGGAAACAGUCACAUUCCUCCGCGAUGAAUACCGGUGGAGGCGAGCGACAUUCGUACGCUUCCCAUGAUCAUCAACACCAGCAAAAAAUGGUAGCUACCGUCGCGGCCCAGCAUCAUCUGCAACAGCAACAGCAGCAACACAGUAGCAAUACUAGCAGUAGCAGUAGUAAUAAUAGCGCUGCAAUAGCCGCUGGCAGUGAUGUACCCAUUAACUAUAGUAAAAUGACGCGUAUCAGCAAAAUGGGACUUAGUGCGGAUGGUGCACAUCAGCAUCAGCAUCACCACCAUCACCAUCAUCAUGACAGUUCGGCGUCCGUAUCGAUAUUGCCCACAUCAUCUUCGUCCGCGGUGCAACAGGCACAGCAGCAAGCACUCCACAAACAGCAGCUGCAUCAUCUACGCAGUGCGGUCGGUGGCAGUAGUGGCAAUGUGGCGAAGGGCAAUGACACAUCUGCGGCUGCAAGUUACUGCAAGGUAACGCGUAUCGGUAACAUCACGUUACUCGAUCCGGAAGAUCAAACCAUGCUACAAUCGCACAUGCUGGGUAACAGCAGCAACAGUAGCACUACGGGCGGUAGUAGCGGUGGUAGUAGCAGCAAUAACACAAUGAAGAAAGACGAGGUAAGCCUUACCAAGGUGGCCAAGCUGGGACAUUCGGUCGAUCAGAAAGUGUGCGAUUUGCAGCAACAUUUUCUUCAGCAUCAUCAACACCAACUGCAGCAGAUGCAACAGCAACAGCAGCAGCAGCAGCAACAACAACAGCAGGGAACCCAAAAGCAACAUUCGCAGCAUCAGCAGCAACAGCAGCAACAGCAAAAGGAACAGGGAAAUGGUGGUGAGGAAGUGCGGAUAACGGAGAGCUUAGCACCGUUCGAGGUGUUACGGUUGUACAUGGACAAGUUGACGCAGUACGAGCAUCACGAGAUCUACAACUAUCCGCGCAUUUACUUUAUCGGUGCGAACGCCAAGAAGCGACGGGGCGCCGGUAACUCUGACUACGACAACGAGCAGGGCUCGUACAUUCAUAUCGCCCACGAUCAUAUAGCGUACCGGUACGAGGUGCUGAAGAUCAUUGGCAAGGGUAGCUUUGGGCAGGUGGUGAAAGCGUACGACCAUCGAAACUUUCAGCACGUAGCGCUGAAGAUGAUCCGUAACGAGCAGCGUUUCCAUCGGCAAGCGCAGGAAGAAAUUCGCAUACUGAAGCACCUGCGGGCGCAAGAUCGGUACAACUCGAUGAACAUCAUCCACAUGUACGAUAGCUUUGUGUUUCGCAACCACAUGUGUAUCACGUUCGAGCUGCUGUACAUCAAUCUGUACGAGCUGAUAAAGAAGAACAAGUUCAAAGGGUUCAGUAUGCAGCUGGUGCGCAAGUUUACCCACUCGCUGCUCAAGUGCCUGGACGCGCUGUACAAGAACAAGAUCAUCCAUUGUGAUAUGAAGCCGGAGAACAUACUGCUCAAGCAGCAGGGCCGCUCGGGCAUAAAGGUGAUUGAUUUCGGAUCGUCCUGCUUCGAGAACGAGCGCGUCUAUACCUACAUACAGUCGCGGUUCUAUCGCGCGCCAGAAGUGAUCCUCGGCGCAAAGUACGACAUGGCGAUCGAUAUGUGGUCGCUCGGGUGUAUUGUGGCGGAACUGUACACCGGGUCGGCGUUGCUGCCCGGUGAGGACGAGUACGAUCAGAUGGCGUGCAUCAUCGAGUUGCUAGGGAUGCCGCCGCUGAAGCUGCUGCACAAUGCAAGGUGGCCAUCGCGCUACUUUGCGUACGAUGGGGACGACCAAUUCCCGCACUACUGCUCGCUAAGCUUCCGCGAGGAUGGACGGGAAGAGAUCCAGGGUAGCUACAGUAAACGUGGCCGUUACCGUGGUGCACCCGGGACGCGUGAUCUGGCCAAGGUGCUGAACUAUUGUGACGAUCUGUUUCUCGACUUUGUAAAGCACUGCCUCCGGUGGGAUCCAAAGCGGCGCAUGACGCCACAGGAAGCGCUCAAUCACAAUUGGUUCCAUCGGAUGUUACCUCAAUCGCCGCAGGUUGUGAAGGUCGUUAGCGAUGGAGGGUCCGAAUCAGCUGCCUCUACGACGGUUAGCACCGGGACGACGGCUGGUGGCAGUUCUUCCCAUUCGACGGCAACUUCAAUCAGCAAGCAACUCAGCUCAUCGAUGGUGAGCGGUGGUGGUGGUGUUGGUGUUGGUGUUGGUGGUAUGGAAAGCAAUCCCGGGGGAAGUCUUGCUGCCGCCGGUGCGGCCGGUAUAGGAGGCAUUUCGAUGGGAUCCUAG